GGGUGGGGGUGUCAGUGGAAAAAAAGAGAACAACAUCAUGUGAAGUUUGCACCUCUUACUGUCGCCCAGUUUUGCGGGUUCAACUGAAGCUCCUCAUGCUUUCUGCAGCCGUUAUUCUGAUUCAGGAGAUGAACAUCGCUUAAUGAAGCAGAAGGAAGGGAGUGGAGAAGAGCCAGUGGAAAAAAAGAGAAGAGCGUGAAGAAGUCACCAACACAGUUUAACCUCCUCAUGUUCCCUGCGGUCGUUAUUCUGAUUCAGGGGAUGAACGUCGCUCAUUGAAGAUCAUACAGGCUGAACUGCUGAUCUCACUCAGAAUGUCUCUGACUGUUUCUCCAUUGUUUAUGCUCUUCAUCUCAGGAGUUGUUGCUCAGGAUGAGUGGGCUGUCAAUUACAACUCUAAAUCUGUCUGUGCUCUGAAGGGGUCUGCAUUAACUAUGGAGUGUACUUACACACCUCCUAGUGGUCACUCAGUCCAAAAACCUUUCUGGACUAAAGAGCUGGUUACAUCUGGUUCAGAACCUCCUGAUCUGUUAGAUGAUCCAGAGUACAGAGGCAGAGUUCAGUACCUCGGAGAUGAACAUCGUGAAUGCACUCUCAGAUUUAGGACUGUGAGAAAAGAGGAUCAAAGUAAAUAUUACUUCACAUUUAUAACAAACCAACCUGGAGGAAAGUAUCAAGGUGCAGGUGGAGUUGAUCUUUCAGUCACAGAUCUCCAGGUGGAGGUUCCUGAGAGAGUGAUAGAGGGAGAUGAUGUCACUCUGACAUGUAAAACCAGCUGCAGUCUGACAGUCAGACCAACAUUCACCUGGCACAGAAAUGGACAUCCUUUAUCCUCCAGUACUGACCAACUUCACCUGCAGCCGGUCAGCAGGGAGAAUAAGGACAGGUAUCGCUGUGCUGUACUGGGUCAGAACUCUCCUGAGGUCACUCUUAAUGUCAGAUACGGCCCAAAGAGGGUCUCAGUGUCCAUCAGUCCCUCUGGUGAAAUACUGGAGGGCUGGUCAGUGACUCUGACCUGCAGCAGUGAUGCAAACCCACCUGUGCAGAACUACACCUGGUUUAAUGGAACAUCAAUAGUAGGAAAAGGAGAAACUUACACAAUGAAGAAGAUCAGCUCUGUGGACAGUGGAGAAUACAAGUGCAGGUCCAGUAAUGAACAUGGAGAGAAAUUCUCUGAAGCUGUAACUCUGAAUGUUUUGUAUCCUCCAAGGAAUGUCAGAGCAACCUCUAUUAGAGCACCAGACAGCAAGUCAGAGACUCUGACCUGCAGCAGUGAUGCAAACCCACCUGUGCAGAACUACAACUGGUUUAAAGAAGGUGGAAGCUCACCUGUAGGAUCUGGACACAGUUACAUGGCUCUACAGAGUGGAUCCUACUACUGUGUGGCUCAGAAUGAACACGGAUCUCAGAAAUCAGCUGCAGUGACUGUAAAAGUGAAUCCGAAUAACAUUCUAGUAGUGGUAACUGGAGUGGUAGUUGGACUGGGAGUUGUGGUAGCUGGAGCAGUAUUUUUUUACUGUCGUCAUGUAAGGAAAAGCAAACAACAGCAUCUUGCCCGAGUCGGAGACCUAGACUAUUAGUGAUACAACACCUGAUCCAGAUCUGUCCAAUCAGGAUGAUGUUCAUUAUGCCACUGUUGUACCCCAGAGUCAAAAAUCAUAGAAAUGCUUAGAGCUCAGCAGUGGCAGCCUUUGACUUUGGACUUUUGUCCAUUAGUGUUGUUAUUUCAGGAGUUAUUUGCAGUCGCCGACCGAUAAUGUGUGAUUAAAGGCCCACAGGUAAAGUUAAGCUUUUUUGUUCACAUGCGUCCGUAAUGACACUCAUACUUCGUAUUAUAUCCUCAAUUCAGACACCAAAACUACAAAGAACUGUUUUAACAGCACCAGUUAAAGCUCAGUGUGUUUGUGCUUAUUUUAUGUUUUAUUGUUUGUGUAAAUACAGGCUGUUUCAGUAGCUUCUGAAGUUUUGGCGUUACUUUUUAAAUGAACAGAUGUAGGAAAGAAUGAAUUUCCACCUGAAGAAAUGAAAUUUCCACAUUUAAAAUGAUUCAUUUUAAUAUUUUUUCUCUCUUAAAUCAGCUGUGAGGUGGGUCUGUGCUCAACUGGAGCCAUGUUUCUUUUGUACUUCCAUGUUGCGCUUAAUUAUAAUUCUUUUGAUUUUGAAAUAUCAUGUUAUGCUGUAUAUAUAUUUUUAUAAUGUUACACAUUGAACACCUCAGCAUGCUCAUUGCAUGGUUCUAAUCAUAUUCAUAUCAUCUCAGACCCCAAAACUUUGUGUCUCCAGAACAGUAACUUUACACAAGAAGAAAACAUGACAUGAAAAAUCAGAAAAUAAAUAUAAAAAGAGAAACACAAGGUUUUGUUCCAGUGGGAGUGUAAAACUAUCAAAAUAAGAAUAAGUGAAUAUCUCUUGAUUAUGUAAUAUCCAGUCCGGGUCAAACGUCUGCACCUAUUCGAUUCAAUGCCAGCUUUUAACAGUAGAAAUGACAUUUUAUGUGUUUUAAUACUUUUUCUAGGUAUAAAUAGUCAAAUUAACAUGUGAUUUUUUAUUUCAAAAAAAUUUUUUGCACUUCUGUAGAUGUGUCUGUUACUGUGUUUUUAAUUUCACUCAAAUAAAAAUAAUUGUGUGUGAAUGUG